GCAGCAGUGUGCAAGGUGCGAGCAAGGCAAAGCGGUGAGUGAGUGGUGACAAGGUGGAGUCAGCGUGGGGAGCGUCAGUCACCUCCGCAGCAGUGUCCAUACCAAACAAAGGCUUGUCAGCCCCCCCGGACACCCAGGCCGGUGUAGUAGCGGAUUUUUCUGGGUGAGCUUAAGCCACGCAGUUGUUCAGGUCAGCUGGCACAGGCAGGGGAAGAAAGCGCAAAGCUGCCUCGGGCAGCGGUACCUGCGUUCGGCUUGUGUCCUUGCUCCCAUUUAGAUGCCGUGCUAUCGGGGAGGAGCAUCAAAUCAGGCUGCCGUGGCCCUCAAAAGCGAAAGAGAAAGCAGGCGGAGGGGAGGUGGUGCCAGAGCCGAAGCUGCAGGGCAGCUGGCAGCAGGCACAGGGCGACCGGGCUCAGCCGGGCGGCGCCUCGGCCCUCUGCAGCGUCUGUCACCUCGCAGCUAGCCAGAUGGGCAGCUCGUUCAGAAGAAUGGGCCUCUUCCACGGGAAGUUCCAGUCUCUGCAGAUGCUGCUGUGAAGAAGACCUCCAAGGGAAGCUACAAGAAAAAUGGAGUGUUGACCAGGUGAAGGGGGCAGAGUGAAGCAGAAGCCUGCAAGAGGGCACUGAGAACAGUCCACAUUCUGGAGAAGAGCAAGGAGUUGGGUUUGCCAGGCAGUCUAGGAGGAGCAAGAAGAAUGGCAUGACAGCAGGCAUCCCCAGGCAGCCUUUGCAGCAGUAUCCAAAGGGCACGUGGGCAGCAGAAUGGCUCUGCUGCAACACAGGUGUGCUGGGCACCUGCUCUGUGUGCUGAUCCUCCUCCAGGCUGCUGGGACCUUGGCCUUGAUGCUCUACACGCUGCUGUGGGAAGCUGGAAACCUGGUGAACCGCCCCGAGAAACGCAUUGGCUUUUACAACUUCUGCCUCUGGAACGAGACAGCUGGGGAGCUGCAGUGCUUGAAGUACAAACAUCUGGAGGUGAUGGGCAUCAGCCUUGCAGGAAUGAUGCUAGCCAGGACUGCUGUGUAUGCCUGCCUGGUCUGCAGCAUCUUCUACUUCAUUUUUGUUGCAUACAUGAAGUGUACUGAGGAGAGAGAGGGCUGGAAGCUGACCCGCAUCAUCCUCAUCAUCAAGAUGGUAUUUCUGUCUGGAGGCCUGGGGGUGUUUUUAUUACAAACUUCACAGUGGAUUCAGCUCUCUGAUUUAACUGGGGGCUUCCUGGCCCUUCUCGGGACUCAGGCUCUGCUACUGCUCCAGAUUGUCACAGUCACUGCAUACCUUGGCUGGGCUAAACACACACACCUGUGUCAAAGGCCUUGUACUGAGGGGGCUCUGCCCAUUGUUAUUUAACAGCAAAGAGGCUGCAAGAGCUAUGGAUAACCUGAUUUAAAACAGCAACCCUACUACAGCUUUAGUGACAUAGGCUAAACUCCCCCACUGCCCCCUCCUGCCCACCCCCCCACUGCCCCCUUCUGUCUCCUCUCUCUUCUCAGGAGAUACACAGAACUAAUGUUUGGAUCACCCUUGCUAAUGUAACAGGACAGAGCUCUCUUUGCUUAGCAACUGCAUCCUCAGAGAACCUCUUUUCAACAUGCUUGUUGCAGUGUAUUCAGAAAAUGACCAAAUGCUCUGCAAAGAUUCUUUUUGUACAAGAGAAAGGGGGAAAUGCUGGCAAUGGCAGGACUUUUAGUGCUGUACAGCUGCUUGAUCUUCACAACACUGGAACAUGAGCCAGGGGUUCAGAAUGUAUAAAGGGGAAAAGUACUGAGUUAAGUAAACAGAGGCUCGAAAUGACCUUAGAGGAUGUUGCAGCAGAUGUAACUAUGUAAAACAUGAGCCUGUAGUUUUGUUAGUCUUUGCUUAUCUAGUUGCUUCAUGAGGUCUGUCUUAAUGACCAGUUAGGAUUUGGCAUGAUCUUUUAGCUUGUGUGUUAAAGUAUAGAACCAAGUGCUGAAAGUACAA